GCCGGGGGUUAGUUCGCUGCAUCCUUUUUGCUCACGGGAGCGCGCGACGCUAGGCGGGCGGGAGGCCCUGGUUCAGCGUCACUCACGUCGACUCGGUCUCCUCGGUCGUGUGUCCGAACCUCUCCUGUCCGUGACGUACGAUUUUCGUAUCCUACCGGUACUAAUUUGAGCGUGCCAUUUCCCCGAAGUAUCAUCUUGAAAAUAAAUAAACCUUUCAUUCAUUAAAAGAUAAUAUUUCAUCGUUUUCAUCUCGAUUCCGUUUAUUUUACAGUUCACUUGAUAGUUUUUAAAUUUAUUUAAAGUUUAUUUCGUUGUGUCUUUAAGGUUAAAUUAAUUGAAUAUUUUAACUGUGUUUCUUGACUAGACAUUUGUGAUCGAGAAAAAGAAUAUUUGGAUUAUUGGAGUAGUGAAAAGUGAAUGAAGUCAAAGGCGCCAGUUUCAAGUUGCCGAUCUCAUUUACAUCUUUUAAGUAGAUUGGAAACAGAACGAGACAAAUUCCAAAGAUAAACGAGGCGUGUUUGAAACAGAAGUUCUCUAAUAAAUUUGGAGUGAUUUGAACGACAUCAAUCAACUUGGAUAUAAAAUCUUACCCUGCCUGCAGUGCGUGCCAAGAGCCCCAGAGUCCCAGCCAUUAGAUUGAGUGGAGUGUCCCCUGCCCACACGUAGCCCUGUACGCAGCCAAAAUUCCACGAGAUACAACGGACACCUCUUCCAGCAUGGAUCUGGAGAAAGCCCCCACUCUCCAUGAAGAGGACUCCAAAGUUACCCUCACUAUCAGAUUGAUUAUGCAGGGGAAGGAGGUUGGCAGCAUCAUUGGAAAAAAAGGCGAAAUUGUUAAGAGAUUCAGAGAAGAGUCUGGAGCUAAAAUCAAUAUAUCAGAUGGAUCUUGUCCAGAGCGAAUUGUUACUGUUACUGGCAACACAAGUGCUAUAUUCAAAGCUUUCACACUCAUAUGCAAGAAAUUUGAAGAGUGGUGCUCGCAGUUCAACGAGGGCGGCGGCGGCGGCUCGCGCGCGCCCAUCACGCUGCGGCUCAUCGUGCCCGCGUCGCAGUGCGGCUCGCUCAUCGGCAAGGGCGGCUCCAAGAUCAAGGAGAUCCGCGACGUCACGGGCGCCAACAUACAGGUUGCCAGUGAGAUGCUUCCAAACUCAACUGAGAGAGCGGUGACAAUCAGUGGCACAUGCGAUGCUAUAACACAGUGCAUUUAUCACAUUUGCUGUGUUAUGCUCGAGAGUCCACCAAAAGGUGCAACAAUUCCAUACAGACCAAAGCCAAAUGUCGCAGGACCUGUCAUACUAGCUGGCGGACAAGCUUACACAAUACAGGGAAAUUAUGCUGUGCCGGCGCAAGAUGCGGUGUGCGCGCCCAUGUUCCCCGUGCUGGAGAUGAAGCCGCCCCUGGUGGGCGCGCUGCCUCCCGCGCACCUGCUGCCGCCGCUGCACGAACACCACCUUAUGGGUGGACUAGCUAAAUCUCCGUUAGCAGGAUUAGCUGCUCUUGGACUUGGAGGUCUCGGACCAGCGAGUACUGGCGGUCUUAAUCCAGCAGCGCUGGCGGCGCUGGCCGGCUCGCAGCUACGUACGUCCAACCAGACGCGCAAUACGCCUGCCACCAACCAGCAGUCGCACGAGAUGACGGUGCCCAACGAGCUCAUCGGCUGCAUCAUCGGCAAGGGUGGCACCAAAAUCGCAGAAAUUCGCCAAAUCUCAGGUGCAAUGAUCCGGAUUUCGAAUUGCGAAGAGCGCGAGGGGGGAAGCACCGACCGCACCAUCACGAUCUCCGGCAACCCUGACUCCGUUGCUCUGGCCCAGUAUCUCAUCAAUAUGAGUGUGGAGCUACAGAAGGCGAAUCUGGAGGGUAGCGCGUCGGGCGCGGGCGGCAGCGGCACGAGCCCGCUGGCGUCCGCCAUCCCGCUCGCGCAGCUGCUCAGCAAGAGCGGCGCGCUGGGCGCGCUGAGCUCGCUGUCGGCGCUGGGCGGGCUGUCGGACCUGCUGGCGGGCGCGGCGCCGCCCGUGCAGACCACGGGCGUGCACCGCUCGCACAAGUCCUUCGCGCGCCGCGCCGACGACGAGCCGCCCUCCAAGACCUCCAAGGAGCGCAAUAAAUACAGCCCCUACUAGGCCGCGUCGAUAUCGUCGGGGAUCCCGCCGGAUCGAUUUCUUUCCCUCGUAUCCCUCUCCCUUUCUAGGGUUGACACCGCUCGUCCAAAGAAUAUCGAUAUCUAUUCGAGAAAGACUUCGGGUGCGCUUUCUUCGUAGUCGGUCCCGUUCUUUUUAUUUUAGGAACGAUUUUUAAAUCGCUUAUCUGUGACUGUCGUAUUAGAAAUCGAUGAAAUAUACUUUAUAUGUUUUAGAAAUGUAUUAUUUAAAACCAGUUCGUAGUAAGUCACGUCUGUAUGAGUGAGCUAAUUACGUCACUGUUUAUGUGUGACGCACUGUGAAUCUCGUUGUCGGUGUAAAAUUGUAAAAGACUGUUACGUCUACUUAAGGUAUACACGGGUUGGAAAGUAAUAACGGGGAACAUUCGGUUACAACUCCUUACAGAAUAAUUCGUUACACGUUGGAAAAAAAAUAAUAUUAAGCAGUCUUAGUUCAUUCGCUAUACAUAAACUGAAUAACUUUUAAUUAACUUAAUUUAUUCAAAAUAUGUUUUACUAAUGAUUAAUUAUACUGUUCAAAAUAUUUUAAACCAUUUGUCUUAUCUGCGAACAACGUCAUAUAUUCCACAUUCCCGUAAAUUCAACAAAAUAUAAUAAUUAUUAGGUACAUAAUGACGGUCAGGAAUGCUUGUGAAACGAGCUGUAUCAUUUACUUGUAAUGAGCAUCUUGUAGUUUUAUCUUACGAUCGAUACGCGAAAACUAGCGACUUAAAAUUUGCAUUAUUUGUAUUACUUUUUCAACACAUAGUGAUAAAAUAUAUUUCACUAAAUUUUGUCGUUUGUCUCAACAAACUGCAUAUAUUCUGCACAUAAAUGUCUUCAAAUUAAAAGAUUAUUCACACUCGCGUAGACAAUCAAUUAUGUCUUAUUGGUUUGGUUGUUGUAUAAACACACAUACUAUAAAAUAUAAACAACACAGUGUAAAAGUAUAUUUUGCUAGAUGUAUUUAUUUUUUUAUAAAUCCACGAACGAGGACUGGCAACAUUAAGUGGUUUAACAUCGCGUAUUAGAGUCAUGUUUAAAAAUGAAGCUUAGCUCAUAUUUUUAUAUCGUUGGUAGUCAUUUAAAAGUAGUUUUAGGUUAGACGUAAUAUUUAGAUGCUGUUCUAUAUAGAUGGUAUUCUAAAAUUAAAGUUUUCUUAGGUCCUUCUUAUCGUUUUCCCCAUUUUAACGUUUCUUUUUUUUUUUUUUUUUGUUUUGUCGUGGGGUUAUAUGUUCCCCACAAUUAUUACUUUUCAAUCUGACGGUUAAACUUUGUAGAUAUUUUUUGCAUACAUAUUACUUAUAAGCCCUGGUUUAUAUUAGUAUAAACAAAAGUAAUAUUAAUUUUUUAUAAAAUCUAUUUUCAUAUUUUAUGUCUUAAAAUAUUUUUCAAUUACAUGUGAAGAAAAUUCAAAAUUUUACAUUUGUUAAAUCGCUUUUAUUUUGACAAAUAAUUUCAAUCGAUGCUACAUAAAUAAUUUAAUAAUUUUUAAAUCUGUUUAUUUAAAUUACACCUAAAGCAAUAGUCAUCUAACGAUAACUACGAAAGUGACAAUAGUAGAAAUACGUAGAAGCUUAAAGGAUGUAGGUAUACAGAGUGCUUCGCGUUUAAACGAUUAUAUAGAAGUCUAAUGUAAAACAAAUACAGGGUGUCUAGCGAUGACAUCAAACCAUACUUCAAAUUCUGGAAACGAUUUGUUCAUAAAGUCUCCUUUUGUUGUAAAAAUUUGACAAAAUCAAAUUAUUAACAAAAUAAAAUAAUUUCGUAUAAUUAUCCUGCAUUAUUGAUACAUAAAUAUAUAUAUA